AUGACCAGGGGGGGCGAGUCGCCACAAGGAACCCGCGACUUCGAAAGUUACGAUCGCCAACGGCCGUACGCGGGCGGAAUACGACUCACCUCACGCCAUCGCCGCCCGAUCCCGCCCUCCGACGAGACCUGCUACCUCUCGCGUACCUCUGCCGACGGCGACGCUCGCCCGACUAGCGACGCCCUACCGAAGCCCGAGUAUGGGUCUGGGUAUGGUGGAGAGAGUGAGUAUGGAUCCGGAUAUUCGAAGCCGAAACCCGAGUAUGGAUCCGGGUAUGGUGAGGGGAGCGAGUAUGGAUCCGGGCAUUCCAAGCCAAAGCCAGAGUAUGGGUACAGUGGUGGAGAGAGCGAGUAUGGAUCUGGGUAUUCCAAGCCGAAGCCAGAGUAUGGGUACGGUGGUGGAGAGAGUGAGUAUGGGUCCGGGUACUCAAAGCCGAAGCCGGAGUAUGGAUCCGGAUAUGAUGGUGGAGAGAGUAAAUAUGGAUCUGGAUACUCAAGGCCGAAACCCGAGUAUGGGUACGGUGGGGAAGAGAGUGAGUAUAGGAAGCCAAGCUACGGGGAGGACGAUGAGGGUGGGAGGUACAGGAAGACGGAGGAGUCUGGGUAUGGAGGAGGGAGGAGCAACUAUGAGAGGCCGAGCUACGGAGGUGGAGAUGAGGAGCAGAGUGGAUAUGGUCGCAAGAAAUAUGGUGCUGAUGAUUCAGAUGAUGAGGAAAAGAAGCAGCGCCGCCGCAACGAUUCAGAUGAUGAAGAGAAGAAGCAGCGCCACCACUACCGCCGCAACUAUGAUGAAGAUUGAAUCAACUGCAGCAUGGUUGUUGGUGAUUGCUUGCUCGCUUACCCCCACUAAACAAUAUUAUUAAAUAAAGAUGGGGUUGAUUUGUGCCUUUUUAUUGUGUUUCUUGUUUUUGACGUACUUUGAUUAUGAUGCUUUCCGCUGCCGGAUGUUUAUUGUGAGAAGCUGGAACAAUAUGUGGAUUCAAGGCAGUGCUACGCCUUGACAAACAUGUACUUUGCUGGGCUUGUGGUAGUAAAAUAUUUUUAUGUGUUUUUGGUUGAGUA